ACUGGAUUGAAGGCACCCCUGGACACCAGGGGCCUAGCUCUUCUACUCCUGAAGAGGCCACUGUGAAGGGACGGUGCUGUUCUCAGAGAUGGCUCGGGAGUCUGCAGACCUUGCUUCUGACUAUCAGUUUUGGCUGCAGAAGCUUUCUGCAUGGGAACAGGCCUCUUCUAAGGAAACCCAGCAGGACAUUUGUCUCCACCUGUCCCGGUUCCAGAAGUUCCUGAGGCAGAUGUACGAAAUCUUGAAGGAGAUGGAUUCUGAUGCAAUCCUGGAAAGGUUCCCCACAAUUGGUCAACUGUUGGCAAAAACUUGUUGGAAUCCUCUCAUCUUAGCAUAUGAUGAUAGCCAAAAAAUUGUAAUAUGGUGCUUAUGUUGUCUGAUGAAUAAAGAACCACGGACUUCUACCGAGUCGGGACUUAACUCAUGGAUCCGGGGUUUGUUAUCUCAUGUACUUUCCACAUUCAGAUUCGACAUGAAAGAAGUUUGUCUUUUUACCAAAAGUCUUGGAUAUGAGUCUAUUGAUUACUAUCCUAGUUUGCUUAAAAAUAUGGUUUUGUCGUUAGUGUCUGAGCUCAGAGAGAGUCAUCUUAAUGGAUUGAACACGCAAAGUCGGAUGGCUCCUGAGCGCAUGAUGUCCCUGUCACGAGUUUGUGUUCCUCUUGUUACUCUUUCUGAUAUCGAACCCCUGGUAGAGGCUCUACUCACCUACCAUGGACAUGAGCCCCAGGAAGUCCUCGCUCCGGAGUUCUUUGAAGCUGUAAAUGAGGCCUUCUUGUUGAAAAAGAUUGUUCUGUCCACGUCCUCUGUGGUCAGCCUCUGGUUUCGGCAUCUCCCCAGUCUUGAAAAAGCAACACUGCAUCUUUUUGAAAAGCUCUUCCCCAGCAAGAGAAACUGCCUGAGAAAGAUGGAAUGCUGUAUAAAAGAGUCAUUACUGCCUCAAGCAGCCUGCCAGCCUGCCAUCUUCAGAAUUGUUGAUGAAAUGUUCAGGUUUGUGCUACUGGAAACUGAUGGAGCCCCAGAAGUACUAGCUGCUCUUCAGGUUUUCACAUCAUGCUUGUUAGAAGAUCUGAAAAAAGAAAACAAGCAGCUGAAGUUUGCCCUCAGGACCUACUUUCCCUAUGGUGCUCCGUGUCUCACUGCAGCGCUGUCCCAGCACCCUGAAGCUAUCCCACAGGGACAUCGGCUCCAGCCUCUGCUGCACAUUUCCCAGCUCCUCCAAGAAGCAGUUGAAGACUGUACUCAUGGGUCUCAGCGAAAUCCCUUUGAGAGCUGGUUUUUAUUUGUUCACUUUGGAGGAUGGGUUGAUCUGGCCGUGGAGGAGUUACUGCUGAGGGGGGAGGCCGAGCCUCCUGCAGGCCUGCUGUGGCUCUUGGUCUUCUAUUACAGCCCACAGGAUGGGAGUCAGCAGAGAGGGCAGAGCAUGGUGGAGCUAAAGGUAUUAGUCAACCGUUUUCUGAUGAUGCUCAGAAGCGGCCACCUCUCAGCUAUCAGUCUGCAGGAAGCAGCUGAGAGUCCCAGCGCAGACCCCAGACCUCCUGUAUGUGGACAGCUGGUCAGACACCUUCUGCUUAGUCUCUUGCUCUGGACCCCGGAAGGCCAUGCAAUUGUCUGGGAAGCUGUCACCCAUAUGGCCCACACGGAUGCUGUAACCCAUGAGAUUAUUGGCUUUCUUGACCAGACUUUGUACAGAUCAGACCAUCUUUGUGUUGAAGCCUCAAGAAAACUGGCCAGAGAGCUUCUAAAGAAGCUGCAAGCUCAGGUCUAGCAGGCAGCACAGAAUAUGUGGGCAUCUGAAUGUCGAAGCUCCUGCAGUGGAUGAGAUGCUGUGUCUGAGGCAAGAACAAGUGAGAGUGACUGAACACACUUGUGCCUUGGCCUGAUGGAGUGAUUGAUGUGUGCCACCUCCCGAGCACUCUGUACUGCUUGGCCCAGGAGAUCCAUGAGUAUUAUGAAGGGAAAGGCCCAGACCGCCUGUUAUGUUCUAGUCAUUCAUGAUAAGAUCCAGCACUGGCUGGUAUGCUGACUCCCUUUAUCCUCCCACUCUGAUGAACUUGUGGACGGUGCCCAGUAGCAGGAGACGUGAGGCCUGCAGUGGAUGAGGCUGUGCCUCACUGGUGACUUGCUCUGUGAGGCCUUUGUUCUCAGUGCAGACAGGCUGCAAGCACCCACUGUAGCGAAGGAAAGAGGUGGCCAAAGAAGGGUCAUUAUUUCCUCCUCCCUAAACCCCCAAAAGGCCAAACAACGUGCUUCCUGUGUGACCUGUGUCUAGUAAACAGGAUUUGGAAACUGAAAA